CUUAUCUCAACUAAUGGACGCUCAAUCGACCUACAAAGAGGGGUGAAUUGCUCUUGCACUUCAGGCACACAAAGAUGGCUAUUUUACAAGUUUACGGGCGGCCGCAGACGCGUACGAUAUUCCAGCUUCAACCCUUCGAUAUCGCGUCAAGGGAGGACGCGCGCGGAGAGGUUUACGAGCUGCAAAUACCAAACUUUCAUCCACAGAGGAGGAAACUCUUAUUAAGUGGAUAUUGUCUAUGGAUGAACGAGGCUUACCUGUUAGAAGUAGCUCUAUCCAGCAAAUGGCGAAUCUUCUCCUUAAAAAACGAUCGAAUACGGACCGCGAUAGUCUCCUUACGGUUGGCAAGUGCUGGGUUCAUAACUUCGUACAGCGCCAUGACUCCCUCCAAUCAAAGUACAACCGUAAAUACGAUUACCAACAGGCUAAAUGCGAAGAUCCUACAAUUAUUCGAGACUGGUUUCGGCUUGUACAAAAUACGGUUGCAAAAUACGGGAUCCAAGACGAGGAUAUCUAUAACUUCGACAAGACAGGUUUCCAAAUGGGCGUAAUUUCGACCGCAAAGGUUAUUACAGGUUCUGAAAGAGCUAGCCGUCCAGUAUCUAUUCAACCAGGGAACCGCGAAUGGGUUACGGUUAUUGAAUCUGUGUCGUCGUCUGGCUGGAGCCUACCGCCAAUGGUCAUCUUUGAAGGAAAGGUUCAUAUCUCAACUUGGGGUGGACGGACGACUCUUUAGCUCUCGCGUGGCUUACAGACGUCUUCGAGAAACAUACAAAGGACCGUACGAAGGGUGUUGUAAUGGUGGGUGCACCAGAUGUGAGAAUCUAGCCACCCAAGGAAUGGAUGAUUUUACUAAGACAACACACUGUCUUAGGAAGAAGAGCCAAAGGGUCGUAGCUUAGACUAUUCCACAACGCAGCAAUCAGGUGUAUGAUGUAGUGGAGUGG